AUGGCGUCCGAAACCCCAGAAGCUCAUCUCUCAGCCUCCCAAACAUCCGAAGACAACGAAACACUGUCGCCGCUCGAACAAGAAGUCCUAGACGAGUAUGCGAGGUUACUUGGGAAUCUGAAUAAUAUGUCCACACUCCUCCUCGACCUGUCGAAUAAACCGUCGGCGGCGAUACUGGAUGGCUUGCGCGGGCUGGAGCGCAAGACGAGCCUGGUGUUUACGCUGCUCAAGGCGAGUGUGUAUAGUAUUGUUCUGAACCAGCAGAUGGAUGAUCAGGAUGAUAGGGGUGGGGAGGACAGUGAGGGGGAGGGGGGUAGAUCUGCGCUCUGA